AUGUCCUUCACCACCGACUCCACCAUAUACACCUUCGAAGGGAAGCUCCUGAAGCUCUCCCAUGAAUCCACAGAGACCAAGACGAAGAUGGAGGUCAACGUCUACUUGCCAAAGCAAUAUGACUCUGCCUCCUCGAAGUCGAUCCCGGUGCUGCUCUACUUGUCAGGACUGACUUGUACUCCCAACAAUGCCUCUGAGAAGGCCUUCUGGCAACCUCAAGCUGAUAAGUACGGGUUUGCAGUUGUGUUCCCAGAUACAUCUCCUAGAGGUGCUGGUAUCGAAGGUGAAGACGACUCCUGGGACUUUGGUUCAGGUGCUGGUUUCUACGUGGAUGCCACCACUGAGAAGUUCAAGACCAACUACAGAAUGUACUCCUACGUCCAUGGUGAGCUCCAGACAAAGCUGGCUGAGCAAUUCGACAAGCUGGACUUUGACACCAUCUCAAUCACUGGCCACUCAAUGGGAGGAUACGGUGCGCUCUCUGGCUUCUUGCAAAACCCUUCAAAGUACAAAUCAGUCAGUGCUUUCGCCCCAAUCUCAAACCCUUCAAAGUGUCAAUGGGGUGAGAAGAACUUUGGUGGUUACUUAGGCGAUGACAAGUCCCAGUGGGCUAAGUACGACCCAACAGACUUGAUCAAGGCCUACGAAGGUCCAUCUCCAGAGAUCUUGAUCCAUGUUGGUAAGGCUGAUCCUUUCUACUACAGGGACCACCAAUUGCUCCCAGAGAACUUGGUUGAGGCAUCCAAGGGCACUCCGUUCGAGGGCAAAGUCAGCGUCAACUACGAAGAAGGGUUCGAUCAUUCUUAUUACUUCAUCUCUUCAUUCACUGCACAACAUGCUGCGCAUCAUGCAAAGUAUCUCGGUCUUUCGAAUUAA